AUGGCCGAGGGCGGCGGUGGCGCGCGGAGGAGGGCGCCGGCGCUGCUCGAGGCGGCCCGCGCACGCUACGAGAGCCUGCACAUCUCGGACGACGUGUUCGGCGAGUCCGGCCCGGACAGCGGCGGGAACCCCUUCUACAGCACGUCAGCCGCCUCGCGCUCCUCCUCGGCCGCCUCCUCGGACGACGAACAGGAGCGCCCCGGCCCCCCUCCGCCUCCCGGCGCACCCGAAGCGCAGGAGUCCGACGAGGACGAGGCCAGCGCGGGUUGGAGUGCCACGCUGCGGGACCGCCCGCCCCCGCGCUUCGAGGACACCGGCGGUCCCACCCGAAAGAUGCCGCCUAGCGCCAGCGCCAUGGACUUCUUCCAGCUCUUCGUCCCGGACAACGUACUCAAGAACAUGGUGGUGCAGACGAACAUGUACGCCAAGAAGUUCCAGGAGCGCUUCGGCAGUGACGGCGCCUGGGCCGAGGUGACGCUGCCCGAGAUGAAGGCGUUCCUGGGCUACAUGAUCUCCACCAGCAUCUCCCACUGCGAGUCGGUCCUGAGCAUCUGGAGCGGCGGCUUCUACAGCAACCGGAGCCUCGCCCUGGUCAUGAGCCAGGCCCGCUUUGAGAAGAUUCUCAAGUACUUCCACGUGGUGGCCUUUCGCUCCAGCCAGACCACGCAUGGCCUCUACAAGGUCCAGCCAUUCCUCGACUCCCUGCAGAACAGCUUCGACUCUGCCUUCAGGCCUUCCCAAACCCAGGUGCUACAUGAACCCCUGAUUGACGAAGACCCUGUGUUCAUUGCCACAUGCACGGAGCGGGAACUCCGAAAGAGGAAAAAGCGGAAAUUCAGCCUCUGGGUCCGGCAGUGCUCUUCCACUGGCUUCAUUAUCCAGAUCUACGUGCACCUGAAGGACGGCGGGGGCCCCGACGGGCUGGAUGCACUGAAGAACAAGCCACAGCUGCACGGCGCGGUGGCCCGGAGCCUGUGCCGGAACGCCGCAGGCAAGAAUUACAUCAUCUUCACGGGGCCCAGCAUCACCAGCCUGACCUUGUUCGAGGAGCUGGAAAAGCAAGAGAUCUACUGCUGCGGCCUGCUCAGCUCCAGGAAGAGCGACUGCACCGGCCUGCCGCUGUCCAUGCUGACCAACCCGGCCACGCCCCCGGCCCGGGGCCAGCACCGCAUCAAGAUGAAGGGCAACAUGUCUCUGAUCUGCUGGUACAACAAAGGGCACUUCCGCUUCCUGACCAAUGCCUACUCGCCCCUGCAGCAAGGGGUGAUCAUCAGGAGGAAGAGUGGGGGGAUCCCCUGUCCCUUGGCCGUGGAGGCGUUUGCUGCUCACCUCAGCUACAUCUGCAGAUAUGAUGACAAGUACAGCAAGUAUUUCAUCUCUCAUAAACCGAACAAGACCUGGCAGCAGGUGUUCUGGUUCGCCGUCAGCAUCGCCGUCAACAACGCCUACAUCCUCUACAAGAUGUCUGAUGCCUACCACGUGAAGAGGUACAGCCGGGCUCAGUUUGGCGAGAGACUGGUGAGGGAGCUGCUGGGCCUGGAGGAGGCCUCCCCCGCCCACUGAUGCCGCCGCGGCCAGGCUUAGGGGAGGACCAGGGCCGGGAGCCUGGAGGAGGGAG